CCAGUCCGGGAUCCCGCAAACCGAACCCGAAUUAUCCCACAAGGCCUAUUUGUAGGGGCUCUUUGAGACCGGUAUAGAGUGCGGGCGACUGUACACAACCUUGUCCUUUAACCCAUAGUAGGCGUAAGAUGAGCCUUGUUACCUUGUAGGUCCGGUCCACCCACAUGCCGAUAAUCUCGAUACCUUGUUGUUUUGGCCCCAUCUGCCGUUCAGAAUCCCCUCCGAAGCUACCUAGCGCACAAAAGAUCGGAGAAAUGUGCCCCCACCGCCCGUCGUCCGGUGUGCGUCGUCGUCAUCUUGAGGCGCCGGGACCGACCCGUGCUGCGUACACACGACUUAAACGCGGAAGCCGCCUCGUGGUACGUGUAUCUUCCACUGGGCCAGGAACUCGGCCACAAAGAGCCGCGCGCGCGACUUGGCGUCCAUCUUCUGAUAACACUAGAGUCAAAGACCCACUUGGUGUCUUGGCCGGGGUGCCAAUGGAGCACCCGCCGACCGCUCACAGCAGGGACGGAUAUGUGAGGAGCCACAGGCUCUGUCGAUGUCGCCAAGGAGCCGAACGACAAAGACCAGAGGAAAGGGCCCAUAUAUGCCCGGAUGUGGCCCGCAGGCCAGGAAGAUCCUUUGCCUGGAGGUAUCAAUACCGUACAUGCUUGUUACCUUGCUGGAGGACUUAAGCGAGCCAGGGGACUAGAAGAAGGCUUUGGGCAGUUCAGAAUGUGGGUUAUCGAACACCGCUAGCCGGAAAGUCGGCCCUGCUUUGGCAGCAGUCUCUGUUCUCCAAAGUGGUGAUCUGCAAGGGUCAGAGGCCAAGAAGGGUCCAGGGUACGCGCGUCCCGCUGGAGGUUUCUCUGCCCACACUCCCCCCUCCCCUCCGCACAAACAACGCCGGCCCGGGUCAGACUACGCAAGCAACCCCAACAGCACAAGCAGCACUACGCGGAGGAGCGUAGGAGAUACAGAGUACUA